UGCGGUUGUGUGCAAUGCAUGCAAGGCGGAACUUGCCUUUCACGGCAGCACAACCUGCAUGCUGGAGCAUUUAAAAAGGAAACUUCCCGGAGCAGGAGCAGGAGAGAGUUCUAAGAAAAGCAGUGGGCCUAUUGAUGACUUUCUUUUGAGGAGGAAUUCUUGUACUCCUCAGCAAGCCGCUGCUCUUACAGAGUCAAUUCUGAACAUGAUGGUUAAAGACAUGAGACCUCUCUCCAUGGUUGAUGGCGCAGGCUUUCGGGAAAUGGUUUCUGCAUUCCACCCUGGAUAUAUCCUCCCAUCAAGAACAUACAUUACAAGCUUAAUGGAACAAAAAUAUGAAAAAACCUGUCAAAAGGUUAAGGAAACUAUUCAGGAAGGAAGAAGUUUCAUUGCACUGACAGCUGACAUUUGGACUAGCCUUGCAACAGAAGCAUACCUUGGUGUCACAUGUCACUUUAUCACUGAGGACUGGAAAAUGAAGACUCUCACACUGGCAACAAUGCCUCUUGAUGAACGACAUACUGGUGCCAAUAUAGCAACAUGGCUGGAAGAGGUUGUCGCAAAAUUCAACAUUUCCGUUGACAACAUCAAAGCAGUCGUUCAUGAUAAUGGAUCAAAUAUUGUGGCUGCAAUGAAAUUGCUGGCAGAGAAACAUAAUUGGGUCUCUGUCCGCUGUGCUGGACAUACACUUCAACUUAUUGUCAACAGUUCUCUGAAAGACACCAGCAUCAGCAAAGCGUUGGGAGCUGCAAGGACUCUGGUGGAACAUUUUAAAAGAAGUGAGCUGGCCAAUACUAAGCUGAAAGAAAAGCAGCACCAGAUGAACACACCAGAGCAUAAGCUCAUACAAGACGUUAGUACCCGAUGGAAUAGCACCUAUUUCAUGGUGGAGAGGCUGCUGGAGCAGCGCUGGCCCAUUACGGCCACACUUUCUGAUCCUGAAGUGACACCAAGGGGCAAACAUUACUUUGAUUUGAAGCCUGAUCAGUGGUCACUGCUUGAAGAGCUGACCCAGGGCCUGCAGCCUUUUCAAUGUGCCACUGAGUUUCUUAGUGGACAAGAGUAUGCAACACUAUCAUGCCUUCCUCAACUUGCAAAAGGGCUACAGAGGUCUGUGCAGCAGUCCCUUAGAUUUGAAACGGCACCUGGAAAAGCCUUUUUAACCAACGCUUCUAAAGAGUUAACAGAGAGGUGGGGGAGUUUCGGCACUUUCUUCAAAGAGAAAGACAACAAAGUUCUUCUGUCUGCAGCCCUAGAUCCAAGAUUUCGAAAGCUCUAGUUUAUGCCUGCUGAACAGAGAAUAGAGGUUCAAAGCACCGUCGAAGUCCUUGCAAUGAGAUCCGAAAAAGAGUCCUGGAAACCUACAGAAGAAGGGCAGCAUCAGGGUGUCAUUGUUCCAAGGAGAGAGGGAGAGUCAGCGCUAGAAAACCUUCUCCAGUCUGACACGGACAGCCUCAGUGAAGAAGAGGAGUCGCAUGAGGACCAAAAGAUUCAGAUGGUGAGAAAGGAAGUACAAAUGUACUUCUCAGAAUCACAAAUACCCAAACAAGAAGAUCCUCUAGGAUGGUGGAAGGAAAAUGAGGGACGUUUUCCUAGCAUGUCAAAGCUUGCAAGAUCUUUUCUAUGCAUUCCUGCCACAUCCACUCCAGCUGAACGGAUCUUCUCUGCUGCAGGAAACAUUUGCUCACAAAAAAGAGCAAGCUUGUCAAGUGAACACGUUGACAUGCUGACCUUUCUCCACUUUAACUCGGCACUUAAUUGACAAUCCAAAAAAGACAGUGCUUUUUUUUCUUAUGUUACUUGCUCUUUUUCAUUAAACUGAACUGUUGUCAUAGAAAUGCUGCUUAAUGCUUCUGUCAAGAGAUUUGUUUACAUUUAAAAAAAAAUUUGGUCUGUAAUGUACCCGAUUUAUUUAUUUAUUUUUAUUUGUAUUUAAAAGUUUGUAGAGAGUAUUUGUGUGAUUCGAGUUGGACAGAAUCAGCAAACUUAAAGAGAGUAACCAGUUGGUUCAAGUUCAUUAAAACAAAUUUCAAAAGCUGAAUUGUAUGGAUUUUAUUCAUUACGUAAAUUAUGUAUAACUCAAUGUUUUAACUAGUUGCAAAAGCUGAAUAAUCAUUAAAAACUUACCGAUUAGUCAUUGAAAUAAUAGACGAUUAGUCGAUUAAUCGGUCUAAUAAUCGUUAGAUUAAUCGACUAUCAAAAUAAUCGUUUGUUGCAGCCCUACUGUGGUGAUACAGGUCAGCUUUUUUUCAUCCAAGGACCACUCUUCAAAUGCGUGCCGUAGAGCUUCCGAAAUGUUCUCCGACGUGUGGUUCUCAGACAUAAACACGGUUUCGAGGCAAUGUGAUUUUAGAAUCCAGUCAGUGCUCAGAUAAUGAACAGUUAGACUCAUAUAUGAUGUCAUAUUGACACUUGACCACAUGUCUGUUGUGGCAGAGUAGAAGUCGACAUUCAUAAGUUCGCUUUUUAUCAACUGCUUUACCAUGCUAUACAUUUUUGGCACAGCAGUUUCUGAAAAGUAGGUUUUACCUGGCAACUCGUACUGCUUGUCAAAUUUUUGAAGCAUUGACUUAAACGCAGGUUUCUCGACCGUGCGGAAUGGAGCCAUUUCCUCAACGAGAUACUGUGUUACAGCGGCUGUAAGGCAUUUAUGCCUGUUACUUUCACGACUGUAUUUGACAGAUUUCGCAAAGGAUUCAGCUACUCUUAACUGUCGGCUGGUACCGGCCUCGGCUGUCUUUUUUGAGGUUGCUCCGCGACUUGAUGCUUGCGAGGGCAGCUGCGCUUCGAUGGCUGGAUGGCAGUUAGCGAGAUGAUACCUCAAAUUCGACGUAUUGCCACAUGUUACAUGUACCUUUCUUAUGCAAAUUUUGCAUAUUGGCUCGUCUAAAUUAGCUGGCUCUCCCUUUUCAUUCGGUUGAAAGCCGAAGUAUUCCCAAACUGGCGACGUUACAUUAGGUUUUGGGACCAGAGCGCCUGCCAUUGCUUCCGCCUUUGAAACACCCGAUACUAACAGUUGGCGGUAAAAUGAUACACGUGACGUAAUACUCUUGUAUUCAUCAUUCAUUUAUUAAAAAUUCAUUGCACAAUGCAAAGGUGUAAAAAUGAACAGCAUGCCACGAUUCUAUACCCCAAAAAAGGUGGUUGCCGCGGUUUCUGCGGUUGAGUUCCUGUCCCUGCGGUUGGCUUGUCAGUAGCGCGGUAGUACAAUACAGCGGUUACGGCGACAGCCCUAGUCAGUCUAAGUAUUUUGCUGCGACCGUUGAUAUCUGAAAAAUAGGUUUACCUGAUGCCAUCUAAGAUGUAUGUUUUUCUUUCUUCAGCAGAUAACUUCAGGAUUUUUAGAAGGCAUAUAAUGACAGUGAGCGGGACCAAAACUCUGACAAUCCAAGUCACCUAUAGGUAGCAUAAGUAAUCUAUAUGACUCAAGUUGCUCAAAUAAUGUCUAGAUGUGUAACGAAUACCUUGCAUGUACAGAGCUAUGUUCUGAAUCUGAUAUAUUCCGCUUGUAUUCCAACUGUCAAAUGAAUAUUUAAAAAAAUAAAUAUAUUUGCAUUUCCCCAGAAUGUCUUUUUCUGUUUCAUUGAAGGUACAAAAUAAAGUA